UUUUCCCUGUGGCCCUGAACGCGGCAGCUGGACCCGCAGCCAUGGCAACACAUGUCAGAAGAACAGCUGAGAACUUGUGAGCUGCUGGUUAACCUGCUAACUAGGCGAGUUAACCCGGCAACUAGGUGGGUUAACCUGCGAACUAGGUGGGCUUGGUGUGACCGGGACUCGACAGGUAACGUAAACCAAGACGCAGUUCGAUUCCCGGAACACGCACACACACACACACGGUGCGUCCACGUCAGUUAAGUUGACGGGUUAGCGAGCAUGCUGCUAACUAAGCUGCUAGUUAGUUGGGUUAGUUCUCACGAUGUGAACACAGUGUAACUUGCGCUCCGCCGCCGUGUUGGUUCGGUUCCGCGGACUUCCCACCGCCUCCAUGUCCGGGGCACGGACGCCUCCUGCGGCCGACGGCAGCGGCCUGCUCCGGGGCAGCCGCAGCCGGUCGUACGGGAGCCUGGUCCGGUCCCCGCGGUCCCCGGUGCCCCAGAGGCGGAUCCAGCACGAGCUCCAGCCCGGGGAGACGCUGCCGGGCCUGGCCCUGAGAUACGGAGUCUCCAUGGAGCAAAUCAAACGAGCGAACAGACUCUACACCAACGACUCAAUAUUCCUGAAGAAGACCCUGUCCAUCCCUGUGCUGUCGGACCGGGACGUCCCCAGUAACGGGCUGGACUUGGCGGCUGAGGACGAUGCCGGCUGUGCUCAGAACGGACAAUCGGGCAGCGCCUCUGAGAAGAAGCCCUGUGACGGCAGAGAACGGGCGGCAGACAUGACCCCGGUGGGUUUCAUGAAAAGGUUGGAUGAGUUGAUCCACCGCUCGAAGGAAGCUGCAGUCAAAGGACACCAGGACGCAGAGAAAAGGGUCGCCGCCCUGGAAGCAGCUUGCACCAGCGGGACGUCCGACUGGCGGCGUCUCACGCAGUCACAGAGCGUCAGUGCUUCCUACGCAGCGCAGCAGCAGGAGGUGGCGUACAGGGCGAUGCCCCUCACCGUCACCAGGCUCACAAGGAAACUCCGAGACAGAGAGGAUGAGAUCUUCGAGCUGUGAAACGCUGGGUUCGACCGAGGGGAUCAUACGUUACAGAUAAAGGUUACUUGUGAUGAAAUUAAUCUCAUAAUGAGGUUUUACACUGACCUGUAAAUGGAAAGUCUUUCUAAAUGAAUAAUGCACCUUUUUGUAUUUGUAUUUAUUUGAUGAUAUGCAAGUUAUGAGUAUCUUCAUACAGCUGUGGGGGGGUUUUUACUUUCAGAGCUUGUUCCCACAAGUGUGUGAAAUGUAAAACAUGAGAAUUUACAGUCACGUGGGUUCAGUCAUAUGAUCGUUCAUAUCAAGUCAGCACGUGGUCGUGUGUCACGUUACCUCACGGCUUGAAAAUGCAAAAAGUGUCCAAGUCUUCCAACAAAGAAACUUAACGCCAUGAUAUGUAAAGUUUACACAGUCCGUCAGGUUCACUGUCAAACACAGAAUCUACCAGAAAUGUGUUUUUUCCUGAAUAAGUAAAACUACAAUGAAGCCAAGAAAAAAAAAAGACACCAGUUUUUUAAGAAUAUAUUUCCACAGCAAUAUUCUUUAUUUUUUAUGGAAAUGUUUCCAACGCCAUUUACUGUUUUUUUUAAAAGUUUAUUUUGAAGC